CGGGCCCUGAGCGCCGGCGGCGGCGGGCGCGCACCAUGAACUCGUGGGACGCAGGCCUGGCGGGGCUGCUGGUGGGCACGAUGGGCGUCUCGCUGCUGUCCAACGCGCUGGUGCUGCUCUGCGUCCUGCACAGCGCCGACAUCCGCCGCCAGGCGCCGGCGCUCUUCACCCUGAACCUCACGUGUGGCAACCUGCUGUGCACCGUGGUCAACAUGCCGCUCACGCUGGCCGGCGUCGUGGCGCAGCGGCAGCCGGCCGGGGACCGCCUGUGCCGCCUGGCCGCCUUCCUCGACACCUUCCUGGCCACCAACUCCAUGCUGAGCAUGGCCGCGCUCAGCAUCGACCGCUGGGUGGCCGUGGUCUUCCCCCUGAGCUACCGGGCCAAGAUGCGCCUCCGCGACGCCGCGCUCAUGGUGGCCUACACGUGGCUGCACGCGCUCGCCUUCCCCGCCGCCGCCCUCGCCCUGUCCUGGCUGGGCUUCCACCAGCUGUACGCGUCUUGCACGCUGUGCAGCCGGCGGCCGGACGAGCGCCUGCGCUUCGCCGUCUUCACCGGCGCCUUCCACGCGCUCAGCUUCCUGCUCUCCUUCGUCGUGCUCUGCUGCACGUACUUCAAGGUGCUCAAGGUGGCCCGUUUCCACUGCAAGCGCAUCGACGUGAUCACCAUGCAGACGCUCGUGCUGCUCGUGGACAUCCACCCCAGUGUGCGGGAGCGCUGUCUGGAGGAGCAGAGGAGGCGGCGGCAACGAGCCACCAAGAAGAUCAGCACCUUCAUAGGCACGUUCCUGGUGUGCUUUGCACCCUACGUGAUCACCAGGCUGGUGGAGCUGUCCGCGGUGCCCAUCAGCUCCCACUGGGGGGUGCUGUCCAAGUGCUUGGCCUACAGCAAGGCAGCAUCGGACCCCUUCGUGUACUCCUUGCUGCGACACCAGUACCGCAAGAGCUACAAAGAGAUUCUGAACAGAAUCCUCCACAGGCGUUCUCUCCGCUCCUCCGGCUUCUCUGGUGACUCCCACAGCCAGAACAUUCUGCCGGUCUCUGAGUGAGGUGUGCUGCUCCUGCUGGAGACCUUGGACUGAGAUGGCUGUGAGAAGACGGGGAUGGAGGGGCUUGGGGCUCCUGGGCGGAUGCCACCAGCCGCCCCCCACCUGGCAAGCCCGAGGAUUUCAGUUCCCUGGCUUGGAGGGGCUCUGACACCUGCUUCCUGGUUCCUCAAGGGCAGAUGUUGAACUGUCCCCAUUCGUCACCAAAGGAUGACUGAGGGACAUGCUGUGCUCUGGCUUUUCUUUCUGAGACACUCCUUGGAGCUCCUGGACUCCCCAGAGGCUCCCUUGGAGUCACACCCAGUCUGGUCAUGAUGAAGGACCCACAGUUCUGGUGGCAGGUAGGGAAGCUUGGUGUCCACCUGUUUAUGAACCACUAGACAUUGGGCUCCAGGCUGAAGAGCAGUGGUGAUCUCCACGGGACCUCCGUCACACUGAGAGUGAGGUUGGUUGUGGCCAUUUGGCCCCACAUCUAGCAUGGCCACUCUUCUCCACAUGUAGUGGUGGCUGCUUUAACCCAAAUAGUAUUCAGCUGGUACUAAGUUGUGCUCAGCUGGGACUCUUGGGCCCCCAUGCCCAAGGGGAAAAUAUUCAACAACUAGUGUUACCCAACCGUUGCUGACAAGUUGUCUUAGAAAUGGUUAUAUUGGAUUCAACUUUUAUCCUUCUUUUACCCCUGCCCCAAAGCUAACAUUUCUGUGUGUGUAGACAAUCUUAGCAUGAAAAUGGUUUAAAUAGGCAGGUACUAUAUGUAAUAAUGUUCUUCGAAGUCAGACCCCAAAGUCAUCUCCUGAUUCACAUGUCAUAAUUGUUGGAGCCAAAGAGAGGCGGGAGGAAAGUGGCUGGCAGGUCCUCCUACCCUGGUUUGUGACCUGAAUUUGCAGGAAGUGUUUCACCUUGUCCAGUAUGUCAUUUGAUGAUUGGGUGAGAACUGACCUGAGCAAGAUUUUAGCCUUGAUUUCAAGGCACUGGGUUCCAUUAUCCUAAUGGUUUUGUGUCCUAGUUUCUAUAAGUCAUCAGCAGAAAGUAGAAGUUUUCCAACAGAAGAUAGAGGUGAUCCAAAAAGUGCCCUGCACCCAUGAUGGGUGAGGGAAAUUUUUGUUGAAAUCCGUAAAUUUAAUACGUAUGCCAGUCCACUAGCAGCCACCAUCUUGAUUUAAUAAAACCAAGAUGAGUGGACCAUGCUUUCUACCCAUCUGACUUUGCAACCAUAUAAAUGAUGUGUGAAUGCUAGGAGCAGUUAUUUCUCCAUCCUCUGCCCUAAGAGAUUCCUCCAGGGUAGAAAGGAUGGGAGCAAUAGACUCAGAUGGCCCAUUCUCUGCUUCCGGCUCUGCACAUCCAGAUUUGGAGACUUAGAAGGGACACAGCUCAACAGGGACCAACCAGGAAGAGCUUUUCACUGCCAGGCGGCCCCAGAAGUGUGUGCCUGCUUGAAAAGAUGUUGUCACAUUAACCUUAACUCCUCGCUUAGAAAACAAAUCACUGAGCCUGGCCCACUCUGGUCUGGUUUCUAAGUUUCCAUGGAGACAGAGGUAGCUUCUGAGGCCCUGAUGCUUUCCUGUGGCAGUUGGAGAUGUGUUUACAUAUGCUUGGAGGAGCCAGUGACACGUGUCCCUUCCCAAUUCCAUGUUCUGGGACAUCAUGUUGGUGGCUUGACAUGAGCCAUGAUGGGCAUAUUUAUACCAAGAAAGUCAAAAAAUCAGGCCUUUUUCUCCACUGAGAGCUGGUUAAACACCUACCAGCACAUCACUGCCUGGACAGGACUUGGUAUGUUACUGAAGCAAAAUUGCUCUGAUUCAGAGUGCAUUCGGCCACUCAAGUUUGAAUCACAAUAGACAUUCAUUUUUGUGGCACUCUCAUAGGGACAAAUAGCUGUUCAACUUCAUUGUUCCAACACCAAAAGUACUGGUGAGGUCAAGGACAAACACAGAACCAGUCAAUUGAAUCUGACAAUCUCCCUUUUUACACAAAUACUCUUCAGGCAUCAUGGGCAUAGUGACCCCAUGGAAGAGGUCAAUAGACAGUCAAAUUCAAGCGACCAAAUAUAUUUUCAUCAAUGUCAGGCUGGAGGAAUAACUGUCAACUCCUCUUCCUGCUUUCUCUGUGUAGGCAACAAAUUACUCUCCUGGAAGCAACUCCAUCUCUUUCACCUCUUCUUGAGCUCAGAAACAAGAACUGUCACCCAACAGUACCACAUAUCUUGGAAAGAUGUAUUUUUAUAAUUUACACCAAACCUCUAGGACUGCCAAAAAAAAA